AUGAGGGUGAUGUCCACCAAGACACAGAAGAGAAGCGUCAAAUUCACCGUCCAGGGAACCCCUGACGCCAUCUUUAUCUGCUACUGCUCACACUGCAAGAAGAAUGCCGGUGCUCCAGGGCAAAUCGCAAGUUUGAAAUCCCCCAGUGACUUUCAAGAUCUCAUACUAACGAUCUCUCAGUCAGCCAAGUUCAAGUGCGAAAAUGUGCACGUCUUGGAAGGAAGCGAGCAUAUCAAUACAUGGAUUCUGAAAGACAACCUCAGUGGCUGUGAGAAACACAAGAAGUUCUGUUCUCGGUGCGGUUGCACAUUGUGGACAAUUCCUAUGAAGCACUCUGGUAGCCAUUGGAUCGUUCGGACAGCUCUGCUGGAGAAUGGGUUCGACAAGUUCCCGUACAAGGCCGAGUUCUUCGCCUCCAGAAAGAUGCCAGUUGCGGCAGCUGUGGUCAAGUCGUUCGACACAAUGCCAGGUGCUUAA